AUGACCGCCUCUCUCGCCCUCCCCUCCAUUUCUCUCAACUCCUCCUCCGUUUCGGGGCUUCGAAAUGGAAAAGGAGCCCCGCUCGGUAUCCGGAGCCUCGGGCGAUCUAGGGUUUCCAUGACCGCCUCCGUUGGAUCGCAGACUCUGCAAAGCGAUGCCUUGUUCGCUGAUUACAAGCCCAACUUCGCUUUCCUCUUCCCUGGUCAAGGUGCGCAAGCAGUUGGAAUGGGAAGGGAAGCUCAAAGCGUGCCUGCUGCUGCGGAGUUAUACAAGAAAGCAAACGAUAUUUUAGGGUUUGAUCUUUUGGAUGUUUGUUUCAAUGGGCCAAAAGAGAAGCUAGAUUCAACUGUUAUAAGCCAGCCAGCUAUUUAUGUCACAAGUCUAGCCGCUGUUGAGUUACUUCGUGCACGUGAUGGAGGCCAGCAGAUCAUUGAUUUUGUUGAUGUCACAUGUGGCCUAAGUUUGGGAGAAUAUACUGCUCUAGCAUUUGCUGGGUCAUUCAGCUUUGAGGAUGGGCUCAACCUGGUCAAACUGAGGGGAGAAGCCAUGCAGGAAGCUGCCGAUGCUGCCAAAAGUGCCAUGGUCAGUGUCAUAGGGUUGGACUCGGACAAGGUUCAACAGUUGUGUGACGCAGCCAAUCAAGAAGUCGAUGAUGCUAACAAAGUUCAGAUUGCAAAUUAUCUAUGUACUGGCAAUUAUGCUGUAUCUGGUGGUGUGAAAGGAGUGGAAGCAGUAGAGGCCAAAGCAAAGUCAUUCAAGGCCCGAAUGACGGUUCGACUAGCUGUUGCUGGCGCUUUCCACACUAGUUUUAUGGAACCUGCUGUAUCAAGAUUGGAAGCUAAAUUGGCAGCAACACAGAUCAGAACACCAAGAAUACCAGUUAUCUCCAAUGUUGACGCACAACCACACUCAGAUCCCGAGACAAUUAAGAAAAUAUUGGCUCGUCAGGUGACUUCCCCUGUUCAAUGGGAAACGAGUGUCAAGACUCUCCUUAGCAAGGGGCUGAAGAAGAGCUACGAAUUGGGACCUGGAAAGGUUAUAGCUGGCAUUGUGAAGAGAAUGGAGAGAAGUGCAGAGAUUGAGAACAUUGCCGCAUGA